AUGGCAGGUAACACUCUAUCAGAUCAGUCUCAGUCUGAGAAGCAGGGCGGCUCCAUCGUCCCCUCUUCGGACCCGGACCCUGAAUCCAUCUCCGGAACCCAGCACGGAGACGGAGAAUCAUCCCCUGCAGAACCAGAACAUGAAGUCUACCCGGAGGGCGGUACCCAGGCAUGGCUUGCCGUUGCGGGCUCCUUCCUCGUUUACUUCGCAUCUUUCGGUGUCGUGAACAGCUUCGGCUUCUUCCAGACCUUUUAUCAACAAGAGUACCUGAAGAAUUACUCGCCCACCGCCAUUUCCUUCAUCGGAACCCUGCAGAUCACCCUGAUGUAUCUGUCAGGUGCUGUUGCCGGAGCACUGUUUGAUCUCUACGGUCCCAAAUGGCUCUACCUGUUCGCUGCCAUUGGUGGUGCCGGCUCCAUGCUUGCGACAUCCUUCACGCAGCCGAAUGCGAUCUGGCAGCAAUUUCUGGCCCAAUCACUUCUCUUCGGCCUCACAGUCGCCUAUGGAGUGCAACCCGCUCUCACGGUUGCAGGGCAGUAUUUCCACCGCAAGCGUGCUCUGGCCAUGGGAAUCGUCGCCUCCGGUAGCAGUUUGGGAGGAGUUUGCCUGCCAAUCAUGUUCUCCAAACUGAUUCCCACCAUUGGUUUUCCGUGGGCACUGCGUGUCGGGGCCCUGAUCAUGGUCAUCUGCUACGCUAUAGCCAUAGCCGUCUCCUCGUCUAAGCGGCCCAAGAGGAAGAUGAGAUCUCUUAGGGAUCUGCUUGACUACAAAGGCUUUCUCGACAUCCGAUACUCUUGUCUCUCAGCCGGAGCAGUCAUCUCAAGUCUCGGCAUUUACGUUCCGUUCUACUACAUUGAGCCGUUUUGCGUCGCCCUUGAUCCGAAUUCGACCAUUCGGCCUUACCUUCUCCCGCUGAUCAACGCGGCCAGUCUUUUUGGUCGUAUCAUUGGCGGUCAUGCGGCGGACCGCAUCGGACGGCUGAACUUUCUCUACCCCAUGAUCCUUUUAUGUGGGCUUUUGUGCGUGGCGAUGUGGCUCCCUGCUACAACCCCUGGCGUUCUGGCUGGCUUUGCCUGCCUCUACGGCUUCGCAUCUGGUGUCUUCAUCUCAGUCAUGCCUGCCGCCACUGGCCAAAUCAUCCCUGCUGAUAAGUUGGGCGCAAGGCUCGGCGCUUUUGGCACCGUUACGUCUAUGGCGUUUUUGACCGGCAGUCCAAUCGCUGGCGCGUUGAUUACAAGUGAGACCCGAGCCGGGUACCAUUCUCUGAUCAUCUUUGCAGGGUGUUGUCUGCUCGGAGGAGGAGCCAUCAUCUUCAUUGCUCGUCUCCUGCACGACAGAAACCUCAAAAGCAAAUGGCUGCAUUCUCAAAACGGCAGCUCGACGCGACACUUGGAUGCGAUUUUGGUUAGCUGGACCAGAGCACUAAACACAUGA